AUAUAUACAGAGAACCUCAGCUGCGCCGACUGAGCCCAUUUAACGUGACUCGCUAGACAUCCGCGACCAGCCAUGGCGCGCUCAAACACACCGCCGGUAAAAGCUAUCAGGUGGCACCUGAUGGAAGUAUGUCUUGCUAUUUUGCUGCUGGGCACAGUCGCUAUGGCAAAGGGGCCAGUUGCCGCGCCCGAUAAGCCCAUUCGCGUGUGUGUCCUGGACUCCCCGCCCACGGUGGGGCUCAAGAACGGUGUCAAGCUCAACGAUGGUCAGUCGCUGACGCCAAGCGCUGCCAAGGACAACCUGCAAGGCAUGGGAAUCGAUAUGGUGGACGUCCUGUUUAACCAGAUCCUUAAGUGGAACUUCACAAUUGUCUACUACACCUUCGCGCAAAUGGGCUUCUCGCGCAUUCUCUACGACGUCCGUGUCCAGGAGAACUGCGAUGUUGCGGUUCAGUCGUUUUUCAUCUCCGCAAGUCGCGACCUGUGCACCAAGGCCUGCCCGCUGCCCGACAACAGCACAGUGCUGCAGUCCGACUCAGACUACGAAAAGUUCGCGUGCUGUGUGGAUUUCUCCCAGCCCUUCUACGACGGCGGUUGGACCAUCACCUCAAAGAUCUCCGACGGUUCCAACGUCAACUACUUCUCCGUGUUUUUCCAGCGUGACAUUGUGCACAUCAUCGCCGUCGCGGUGAUCACCACCUUUGUCAUUGCGCACGUGGUGUGGCUGGUGGAGCGAUGGGGCCCAGGCCACGUGUGGGUCGAGGAAGAGGACGCUGUGGUUGACCCCAACUCCGACCUUGCCUCCAGCGCCUUCUCCAGCAAGUACCUGGAUGCGCUACGUGACGGCGUGUGGUUCUCAUCCAACGUGCUGCUCAACGGAGUCAUUGCGCCCGAGAAGCGCAUCCGCACGCCGCUCGGCCGACUGAUUAUCACUGUGUGGGUGCUGUUUGGCAUCUUCCUGAUUUCGUUCGUGACCUCCAUUAUCUCGUCCACGCUGACGACCGCCCAGCUGUCAGCCAGCCAGAUCCUAACCGCUAACGACCUGGCCGGUCGCACGGUGUGCCUGGAGGAGGGCUUUUACAACUUCUUCUUUGACUCCAACUUUCCUGGAAUCGGCGUGUCCAAGGUGCUCGUGCCGCACCUCUCAGACUGCUUCGAGGAGCUCAAGGGCGGCAGUGCCGAGGCCGUGUUUGGCGUCCGUGACUACUCCAUUGACUACUUCUCCCAGGGCAAGGGCCGCGGUCUGCUGGUCUCGCCCACCAUCUACCCGCAGCCGUACGGCAUGGUCUGGUCGCAGAGCUGGGAGUACGGCAGUGCCGUGAACGAGGCACUGCUGCUGUACCGCGAGGACGUGUACGCCACCACCCCCUCCUACCGCGACUCCAAGCGCCGCUGGUACGCCGGUGAUGCCAGCCAGAUCGCCUACGGAGGCACGGCCAAGCAGGCACAGAAGGUUUGGAACUGGGCCCUGGUGUACACGGCUGUGGGCCUGGUGGCGGUGUACGUGUGUCUGCAGGUGCUCGUGUACAUCGGCGGCCGCUUCGCACACGACGCGGCAGACGACGAGGAGGAUGUGGCUGCCACCGGCAGCGGCGACCUCCGCACCGACUCCGGCCACAGUGGCGCCAGCCUCACCCGCGCCAAGUCCGUCAAGGCCGCGCUUGGCACCUUCGCCAGCAAGAUGACGGCACGCCAGCCCUCCACCCGCGUCACGCCCAACCACUCCACCGGACAGAUCGCCACCCCCUCCUUCACCGCACGCCAGAUGAUGCUGAGCAGUGGUGUAAGCGAGAAGGCGUUGAUGAUGGCUUCGCAGCCAUCUCUCAGCACCAUGGGCAGCCAGAUGCUACCACUGCCCGGCAUGGGCAUGGGCAGCGGCUCCGGCGGUGGCGCCGUGCCGGCUGUUGUCAUUCCCAGCAACCGUGCCCAGACACUGGGCAGCGGUGGCGUGCUGAAGACUGCGAACGGCAGCGUCGGUGGCAAUAAGGGCAACGGCGUAGGUGGCGGUAGCAGUGGCGGCGUGCGCAGCCCCAGUUUCAUGCUGCGGAGCGCGGCUGGCAGCGCCAGCCGUGUGCGCAUCGUGACUGAGACCAGCAACCGAGUGGAGGACUUCCGGCAGGAGGAGGACGGCGGCGGCGGAAAGCAGAGCGUGUGAUUGAUGAGCUAGACAUGCAUGAUGGCGAGCGAGCGGCCUGCGGGGAGCUGCUGUUGCUGUGGUACUGGAUGGGUUGCUCCGGUGUGCGUGCGUGAGUGCGUCUGUGAUGAGGCACCGGUGGGUGUGGCUGGCAGGUGUGAACGCCGUACGAAGCAAGGGUUCCUAAUUGCGUGCAAUUGUGACGGCAUGCCAGUGGGCACUUGUAAUUCAUGGGAUGCGGAUUC